AUGGCGGAGUCAGAGCAGCCUAAAGCGGGUCCUUGCACUUUUCUGUUUAAAAAAUCCACAAAGAAAUUUUCAGGACGAAAGAGAAAAGCAAGCGACAGUGACAAAGAUGGCAACAGUGACGAGGACCAGAGCUCUGUGGUCAGAAGAGAAAGGAAAGACAAACGAGUCAAUCCCAUGAUUCAAAAGACAAAGAAAGUGGAGAAAGACACCAUGUCUUCCAGUGAAAGUGAGAAUGAGACAGAGGAGAAGAAGAUCACAGUUUCCUACAAAUCCACACGCUCAGCGAAACCAGAGGGACCAGAGGACAUGGGUGCUACUGCAACAUACGAGCUGGACACAGAGAGAGACAAAGACGCUCAGGCCAUCUUUGAGAGGAGCCAGAAAAUCCAAGAGGAGCUGGAGGGCAAAGAGGACGACAAAAUCUACCGCGGCAUCAACAACUACCAAAAAUUCAUCAAGCCUAAAGACACGACCAUGGGCAAUGCCUCCUCUGGCAUGGUCAGGAAAGGACCAAUCCGAGCUCCCGAACACCUGAGAGCUACGGUGAGGUGGGACUACCAGCCGGACAUCUGCAAAGACUACAAGGAGACUGGCUUCUGUGGUUUUGGAGACAGCUGCAAGUUCCUUCACGACAGAUCGGACUACAAGCACGGCUGGCAGAUCGAGAGGGAACUGGAAGAGGGACGAUAUGGAGCCAACGAUGACGAGAACUACGAGGUGAGCAGCGACGACGAGGAUUUGCCCUUUAAGUGUUUCAUCUGCAGGGAGUCCUUCAAGAAUCCCAUCAUCACAAAGUGCAAGCAUUAUUUCUGUGAGGCCUGCGCUCUUCAGCAUUACCGCAAAUCCAAGCGCUGCUACGUGUGCAACACUCAAACCAACGGUGUCUUCAACCCCGCUAAAGAGCUGAUUGCGAAGAUGGAGAAAAGCCAAGCUCUGGCAGACCAGCCCCCAUCAGAUGAAGAUGAUUAGCUACUCCUAAAACCUUUUUUAACCCUCCCUUCCCCCUUCUGUGUUUGUCCGUGUAAAUUUUGAA